GCAUGUCAGUAGCCAUUCGACCGCCUUCAACAACACAUAAAACUUUUCAAUGCACAUCCACACCAUCUCAUGCAAGCAAACAAGAAACUCUCGCUGCUCGUGUUCUCUGGUUUCUCAUUUCUUUGUGUUAGUGAGUGUGAGCUUGUGUGUGUGCGUGCGCGCUGACAAUGAGCCGCGACUGUGAUAAGUAAUCCGCGAAACCCUUCCUUGUCGUCGCAAACGCGUAGUGGCAGUGGAGAAAGAUAGGUGCGAGUUGAAGUGUGACUGGGCGAGUCUUCUACUUUAAUGACUCGCGUUUUACGUGGGCCGCAAGGAGCCGGAGUUGAUCGGAAUGUACCAAUUCAAUAUACCACCCAAGUUCUACGAGCUGUGUCGCCUUUGUUUAUCGUCGGACGGUGUUAGGUUUCCCAUAUUCGAGGAUGAAGGCUCAGAGGGGAAUUACGCCGACAAGAUCCUGACGUGCCUUUCAAUUACGGUGAAAGAUGGCGACUCAUUGCCACCAAUCCUUUGCCAUCAUUGCAAAUACAAAUUGGACGUGCUACACAAUUUUCGUGAAGUCUCACGAAAAUCCGACGUCAUACUCAAACAGUACCUGGAUUAUGCCAAGCAAUUAUCAUCGCUCGACGAUCAGGAAAAGUCUUUCUCCACUGCCAAAGUUGCAGAAAUAAGCCCGCUCCAAUCGUUUCUUCAGCUAAACAAAACGCUGUUCAACGAGGAGCCUAAUUCUCCGGCCAGCAUUAAUCAAAACGUUAUACCUCAGACGCAAACGCAUCACCUUGAAUUACGGGCCCAGGAUAACAACGAGCAGGAAAAUGUCAAGUGCGAGCCAGACGAUGAUUCAUGUUCAAAUAGUUCGGAUCCAGAUCGUUUAGAAAUUGAGGAUCGCGAGGAACUUGAUACUGAUGGUGAGGAAAAUGGUUACGACAUGACUGUUAAUAAGAGGAUUAAAUUGGAAAAUAACUACGAUAAUACUAAAGCAAGUACAUCGCCAAAUAGAAGUCCAAUUAAUCGAAUGGACACACCCGAAAGUAAUUGCUCCGAUUCGCAUAUUGAUCAGGAAACUACGAAACUUUGGCAACAGUUGACCAGCAGCAAUAGAAAUCUCGAAAUCACCAGGACGAACGGUGACAAGCUGAACAAUGGCUUCUCAGGGGAGGCAACAAAUCUUUUACGAUCGCUUAUUAACAAUCGGCAAAUCGGUAUCACCGCUGUCGAUUCCGAUGGAGUUUCACCUCAAAUCAGAUUUUACAGGGACACUCAAGGAACGACCGUUGAACGAACAAUGCCAGAUUGCUCGGUUCUUGGGAAUCGAACAAAUAUAUCGUGUAUAGAAAACAAGAGUGCCUCCAUGGAUAGUAAUCCAUCCAGUCCCGCGAGUAUCGGCCGAAAGGAAACAAAAGGGAGACGAAAACAAAGUUAUCCUAGCAAAGCGCCAACGAGUCCUGGAAUUGUUAAUUACCAACACGAGUCUAAUGAAGAACAAGCUCAAGACUUCACUGCGUGGUCAACUAAAGCAAAGGUUAAGACGGAAGAUCAGAAGCAGCAAAUCGAUCAGCAAGGUGGUAAUAUGACGAAAAAAGUGGACAUGUCUUGUACAAAUUGUGGCACGAUGACAACAACAAUUUGGAGGCGAAACAUGAAGGGUGAAAUGGUUUGCAAUGCGUGUGGCCUUUAUUAUAAAUUGCAUGGCAUCAACCGUCCUGUUACGAUGCGAAGGGAUACCAUUCAUACCCGUAGACGACGACCUAAAGGAGAAAAACCCACAAGGCAUCGAAAGAAAGGGGACAAUCUUCAUCCAACACAGACUGAUCAUAUGGACGCAGAAAGCGCUGACAUGCUGGCUGCUCUUCGACGUCAAAUUCAGCCUCAUCUCAUGAUGGCAGCGCUAACAACACCUCCACGGAUACCCAGUGCUCAUGUUCCUCCAUCUGCGCAGAUGAAUUAUACCCUUCCGUUAACGAAUUUCCUUCCGAUGACCAAUAUGAAUUCGGAUGGUCGGGAUCAUCGGAUGUCUUCCGAAGAUGGUGACGAAACGGAAGACGGUAUUGAGGACAGUGUUUCGGAUGUUCCAUUAAAUUUAGUUGCAACUUCUCUCUCGGAAGGAGCACACUGAAGAAUCUCAACUGCCGAUAAAAUUUCGUCAAUAGAUAUUACUUGUUCAAUCAAAUAUUCUGGACAAAUCAAGUUUUGUUUGGAUAAAAUGUACGAGGAACAAUCUUCUUCAGAGUAAGUCUUAUUUUUCUCGUGCAAAAACAAAAAAUCUCGUAUACUCUUUAUUUCCAGAAUCUUCCAUAUUGGAUUGGAGCAUAAAUAUAUAAAUAUAUAUAUUAUAAUAUAUAGAAUUAAAGAGAUCGUAAAAUGAAAGAAAAGAAUACACGAAAAAAAAGAACUAUAAUUACAAUCUAGCCCGUGGUAUAGAACGUGUCAUGAAAAAAAAAGAAAGAAAGGAUAAAAGGAAAACAAAAAUGAUAUUAAAACACAGUAUUAAAAAUAUAAUGUUAUUCAAAAUAUAUGUACAUAUUUAUACAUACACUCGUAUAAUGCAAAAGCAAAAGAGUAUUUUUAUAUGAAAUUUUUCUAUGUUCCGAACUUGAAGAGUUCAGGAAACUUGUAUAUAAUACGCGCGACGAUAAUUUUUUUUCUCUCUUGACGUUCGAUCUCAAAAAAAAGAAGAAGAAGAUGAAGAAGCUCAUUAACUUAUAAUCAUGACAAAUUAUUACGCUUUCUAUUUUAUUUUUUUUUUUUUUUUUGGAGGAAAAGAAAAGUCUCUCGUAUCGUUUUGUUCCACGGGCUGACAAAUAUUGUUCUCAUCGUAAUUUGAUUGUAAUACUCUCUCUCCGUUUUUAAUUUUUCUCUUAAUCGAUUGGAUUAGUGUCACUAUUCGAUACUUUUUUUUUAUUCGUCAUUUUAAAGUACAUAUUUAUUUUUUAAUAAUGUUUAAUGUAAAUCGAGGUAGAGACUUACACGGUUUUUGUCCUUAUUGUAAAAUUACGGAGAAUUUACUUACAGAGAAUUGUAUUAUAGUGGAUGUAGAUAAUCUUUUUUGAUACGUUGAUUUCGCCAGGUGGGCGUUUCAAGUUAUAUAGAUACUCUUAAAAAAAAAAUCUAACUCGUACGUACUUAAAACAAAAAAAAAAGAGAAGAAAAAGAAAAUAGGCAAAAAUUACAUUUUUUGCUAUGUGAGCCAACAUUUUAUAAAAGAAACGGUAGACGUACUUGAUAACAAUAAUACUCGACGGAUCAAAUUUUGAUCCAAAAAAACAAAAUCUCAUUCAGGAUAUUCCUAGGUGACAUACGAUUUUAUAUACAAAACGUUAAAAGUAACAAAGUUUAUUGCUCUUUUGCCAUCGUUUCCUAGAUCGUGGCAAUAAAAAAAAUAUAUUUUUUCGCCAAAGUAUACAAAAAGGGGGAGGAAAGUAAUUUUUUACCUUCACGAUUAAGUAGAUCGUUUUAAUUUUUUAAUUCAGUAAUAAUUUUCUUUUUGAGUACUUUUAAAAUAUUUUUGGAAUUCAAUUUUUAAAUUGCGGUGUUUUAAAAAAAGCAUUUUUUCUAUUUUUAAAAUUGUGAUAAGAAAAUUUUUCGUGACGAUUUUUAUUUGUUUUUUUUUAGUAUUUUGAAAGGGAAAUAAAUUUUUGUUAUUUGAAAUACGAAUUAAUUUUUCGAGUACUUCCGUCAAUGCAGCUAAUCAAGAAUGUACAGAUUAUGUUUAUAAGCGACCAAACAGGUAUUAAGCAAAGUUAAAUAGUGCAUAAUACUAUGGCCAGUGCAUCUACUCAUAUUAUAUUAUACCUUAAUAUCGUAUACCUAAACAACUUUGCCAAAAAUAGAUUUAGUUUUGUAACAUAGAUUAUAGUUAAGGGCAUACAACAAAAAACAAAUUACGUUUUAUUACUAUUUUUUUUCUUUUCUUUCUUUCUUUAUCUUCUCACAGAUAUUUUUUUUCUACGUCGUCUUUCUUCUUUGAACAUAGUCCUGCAUUGGCGGUGGUACUCAGUUAUAUUUUGACUUUAUACAAAUUUUUGGCUUUUGAUUUUUUUGGACUUUAUUGACUUUUGUGGAAUUUAUUGACUUUAUUAACUUUAUUGAUUUUUAUGGACUUUAUUGACUUUUUUUUAUUUUUUUUUUUACUUUAUUUUGUUUUUAUUUUGUCUUUUUAUUGACUUUUUUUGUCUUUAUUUUGACUUUAUUUUGACUUUAUAAAAAAAAUCGUUUACUAGUAAAAAAAGGUCAAAUUCUCACGUGAUAGGAACGAUGUGGCAUUAGUCGUUAUCCAAGGAGCCUUAUAUACAC